AUGUACACCCUGAGAGAAACGGGCGCCUCUUCGCUCUCGCUCCCAGCAGACAAUUACAUUUACUCUAUUGUGGCGUCCGCGCCUGGCGCAUUUGCCGCUAUCUCAUCUGAUGAUUCCUUGCGUCUAUUCGAUGCCGCUAAUCUCAAUGGCGGUAUUUCGGUAAUCUCCCGAAAGACCCACGAUGGAGGUGUCACUUCGUUACGAAGCUACGCAGCUGGUGACUCCCAGUUGCUGGCGACUGGUGGUCGAGAGGGAAAGAUGAAAGUCUGGGAUGUUCGAUCUGCGAAGAUGGUGAUGGAGGUUGAGACAGCGAGAAAUGCUCCUGUGCUUUCUAUCGCCUGUAACCCGGAGACCAACACCAUUGUGACUGGUACAGAGCUUGUAUCAUCACAAGCCGUUGUUUCACUCUGGGAUAUCAGAUCUCCACAGGCACCCCGCCAGCAAUAUGUGGAGAGCCAUAAUGACGAUGUCACCGAGCUGCAAUAUCACCCGACUCGCAGUAAUAUCUUACUCUCCGGAAGCACGGACGGGCUUGUCAAUAUCUAUGAUACAACAGUAACCGACGAAGACGAGGCCUUAGUGCAAGUGAUCAACCACGGCUCAGUACACCAUGCAGGCUUCCUUUCCGAACAUACCAUCUAUGCCCUGAGCCACGACGAGCAUUUCUCCGUGCACCCCGCCACAAACCCUGAUGAGCCUGGCCAAGAGCCCGAGCCUACGGAUUUCAACGAUGUGCGUGACCCGUUGGGCUGCGAAUAUGUCGUGCAGGUCUGCGUCGGUGCACAGGGACCGUAUAUCGCGGCCGGAAAUAAAAUUGACAAGCGGUUGGAUCUGGUACCACUGGUCUCUAGUCCCAACUGGCAAUUUGACAUGGAUAACCUGUGGCGCUUACCCGGUGCCCACGGUGACGAAGUGGUGCGAUCGGUACAUCUUGAUGAGCAGACUCAAUCGGUCAUCACUUGCGGUGAAGAUGGUUUCGUGCGGGUAUGGAAACCCACAGAGGGUGAUGCCCAGGCUCAGACUGGCUCGAAGACUUCUCGGAAGGAGAAGAAGCAGAAAGACCGGUUCCGACCUUAUUAA